GAUCGCACACCAAGAAAGGACUUCGUGAGCGAACCUGCAGACUGGGCACAAAGUGGAAAUGAUCCAUCUCCGUCCUGCACGGCUGUGAGGACGUGGCACCGGUUCAGUUGCGCAGACAGGAAAGCUUGGCAUGAGCAUAAUAAAUAAGAGAAUAGGCUGAACAUGACCGUCUGUGUGACGUCAGAGCACGCUGGGCCAAAGAGCUCCUUCCCCCAGUUCCUUCCUCUCCAUCUGAAAUGUGAGAACGGUCUUCAGAUACACCAGCAGCAGACCUCGCAAGAGCAGCACAAAAUGAGGUGCAGCAUCAGGUUGAUGUACCUUUUCCUCUAUAACCUGCUGCAGUUCUGUGGACACACGUGGAUAUUUGCCAACAUGACUGCCAGAUUCCUGUCGUUUGGGGGAGAUGCCCUGGACGAUACCUUCUACUCAGUCGGCGUGGUUAUGAGUUCCUGCCAGCUGCUAUCGGCCCUGGAGCUUUUCCACAUCGCAGACGGGCUCGAGAAAGGGCCCCUCCUGCCUCGAUUUGUACAGGUCACAGAAAGGAUUUUCCUCUUGUUUGUGGUGAUCAUUGGUGAAGAAGAAAUUCAGACUAAACCCAUAGUUUGUGCCCUGUUUUACCUUUGGAAUGUCCUGGGCCUCUUACGGUAUCCCCAUCAGCUCAUGUGCCUCUUCAGCACGCCUUCGCUCAACAUGCUGUGGGUACACCACACCUUGUGGAUCCCUGUGUACCCGCUCUCCGUGCUGGCAGAAGGGGUGACUGUUUUCCAGGCCUUGCCCUACUUCAGGUCCCAAAACGCAGGAUUGACACAGCCACCAUCAGCAUCCAUCCAUCUGCCAUACCUCCUCCAGGGCUACCUGCCCCUGUUGGCUGCCGGCGCCUGUGUUGCCGAAUGGCAGCUUAUGAGGGACAGAAGGCAGCAGCUGGACACCUGGAAUAAGAAGUUGAAGAGAAAGUGACAUUCAAAAGUCUGGCCCAG